AUGAUCCUCUUCAAACAUAAAGGAAACGAUUUAUGCUUGCGCUUUCUGAGUGACUGGAAGAAAGUGGAAGAAUCUAUGAGUGUUCACACUGAUGUGUGUCCGAUCUAUUUCCCCUUCAGUCUGGAGCUUCAGUUUGAUAAAGAACUGGAAGCUCGGCUUGCUCAUGACUUACGAAAGUGGCCUUAUUUCCAGCUUUUGAGCCCGCAUAUCGCUCAAGUGGGAGUAGAUAUGUCACGCCUUUGUUCGUUUCAGUCAGAUCUGAGCUAUGAGCGAAGAGUCUUGCUCCACCGACAUUUAACUUGGAUUUUCAUCGUGGAUGAAGUCUCUGAGAAACUUCCACUCUACAAAUUACAUGCGACUGCCGGGAAAGUUUACCUGGAAAACUUCAAAAGCAUCAUGAGAAACGGACCAGUUGAGGACAUGAUGCAGUUUAAGGGUUCUUGCCCAGAUGAGCUGAUUCAAAUGGCUCUUGAUGCACAGUGUAUCUUUGCUGAGGAUCUGAUGCCGCUCAAGAGAAAAUUGCUGCAACCUCAUCACCUGCAGGCAUGCAUCGACGCGUUUGAUCUCUACUUUGACAAGCAAUAUGAAGAAAGUCAAAAGUUUUGCACGGAGCAAACAUCGCAGGAAGUACUCAAGACGAGAGGCUUCACAAUCGGCGUUCUAGUGCCUUUCCUUCUUUGUAUGACUUCAGCGCACGCCGAACUUUACAGAGCUGAUGACCCGUGUCUCACUCAAAUUGGAGUUCUUGUUGCUCUCUUCCACGACAUCAUGGGUUUAUUCAAAGACCUCGAUGCACUCAACAGAGAACAACCAGAUGACAGCUCUGCUUUUCUGAAUCUUGUUCGGUUGAGCAUGAGAGAGCAUGGGUUGAGUGAAACGGAGGCCUUGCGCUUAAGCGCACAAAGACUGAAUCACUUUUCCCACUCCUACGAAUUUUUCAUCAACAGCUACGCUCCUGCACUUCAGCAGUUCUACCGUGAGAACUUGCGAUUUUGUUUCAACUUCUAUGACUACCAUCUUAUGGGGAUUCUGGGCAACCCAAACAACCGUUACGGCUGGAGUAUAGUCUAA